AUGUGUGGUAUCAUUGCUCUGAUCCAGGCGAACCCGUCGUCUUCCGCCGCCGUUGACCUCCACGAGGCGCUAUACCUGCUCCAACAUAGAGGCCAGGAUGCUGCUGGAAUCGCCACCUGUGCUUCAGGUGGUCGGAUCUACCAGCUAAAGUCGAACGGUAUGGCGGCCAAGGUUUUCCACGACGGUUCUAGGGUGGCGGACCUUCCGGGAUUCAUGGGCAUUGGUCACUUGAGAUAUCCCACCGCCGGAAGCAGUGCGAAUGCCGAGGCUCAGCCUUUCUAUGUCAACAGUCCGUAUGGCAUUUGUCUGGCCCACAACGGCAACCUGAUCAAUGCUCCGGAGCUCAAGAGAUAUCUGGACUUUGAGGCUCACCGUCAUAUCAACACUGAUAGUGACAGCGAGCUCAUGCUCAACGUCUUCGCUGAUGAGUUGAGCGAAACCAAGAAGGCACGGGUCAACAAGGAUGACGUCUUUGCCAGUCUCAGCCGGAUGUAUGAGAGAUGUCAGGGCGGCUGGGCAUGCACUGCUAUGCUAGCUGGCUUUGGUCUCGCCUUCCGCCGAAGGCCAAGGCACGGAUACAUGAUGGCCUCCGAAUCUGUUGCUCUGCACCAGCUUGGCUUCACUAACAUCCGUGACAUCCAACCUGGUGAAGCGGUCAUCAUUGAAAAGGGCGGCGAGCCUGUGUUCCGCCAGGUCGCCCCGAAGAUGGCCUAUGCUCCUGAUAUUUUCGAGUAUGUCUACUUCGCGCGUCCCGAUUCCGUUAUCGAUGGCAUCAGCGUGUACCGUAGCCGUCAACGGAUGGGUGAUCGCCUUGCCGCCAGGAUUCUUGAUGUUCUUGGACCGGAAGUGGUCAAGGACAUUGAUGUCGUCAUCCCUAUCCCGGAGACUUCCACGACGUCCGCCGCGGCCGUCGCUCGGUAUCUCGACAUUCCCUACUGCCAAGGCUUUGUAAAGAAUCGCUACGUUUUCCGUACAUUCAUCAUGCCUGAGCAGAAGACCCGACAGAAGGGUGUUCGCCGCAAGCUGAAUGCUAUGCAAGCAGAAUUCAAGGACCGAAAUGUCCUUCUGGUUGACGACAGCAUCGUGCGAGGAACUACCAGUCGGGAAAUUGUCACCAUGGCAAGAGAAGCUGGUGCUAAGAAGGUUUAUUUUGCCAGCUGCGCACCGGAAAUCACACAUGCUCAUAUCUAUGGUAUUGAUCUUGCGUCGCCCAACGAGUUGGUUGCGCAUAACCGUGACGCUGAGCAGAUCGCCAAGCACAUUGGUGCCGACAGUGUCAUCUUCCAGACCUUGUCUGACCUGAAAGGUGCUUGUGCGGAGAUUGCCCAGGAGAAUGGGUUGGCUGAACCGCAGAACUUUGAGGUCGGCGUGUUCUGUGGUAACUACGUCACUCCUGUUUCUGAGGGAUACUUUGAUCACCUGGAAAAGAUCAGAGGCGAAGGCCGCAAGAUUAAGGCUUUGGAUCGGGCUAAGGAAGCCGUCACUCAUGGCUUUGCUAGUGAGAAGGAUUUCCAGAUCGCUGCCAACGGCGUCAAAUUGGAUGCCAGCGGCAACAUCAUCCCAGCGUCGACCCCGGGAGAGUCUGAGGUGCCACAGGUCAGCCUCUGUAGCACUCGCGAACCCGCGAGCGAAGAGCAUCCUAAGGUCAAGGAUCGAAUGGAUAUUAGCAUCCACAACAUGGGCGAUCACCCAUGA